AUGGAUGAUUUAAAUGUAACAUAUAUAACUCUUGGUGGCCACGUAGAAGUGCACAAAUACAGACAUCUUUAUGUUGUGAUCAUGUUUACAGCAUAUAUUCUAAUAAUCUGCUGUAAUUCCAUCAUCGUAUGCCUCAUUGUGAUUCACCAAAACCUCCAUGAGCCUAUGUACAUUUUCAUUGCAGCUCUGUUAGUCAACUCUGUUCUUUUGAGCACUGCUAUCUACCCAAAGCUUUUGAUUGACUUUUUAUCUGAAAAACAGAUCAUAUCUUAUCAAGCCUGUCUCUUUCAGAUUUUUGUCUUUUACUUUUUAAGCUGUUCAGAGGCAGCCAUGGCCUAUGACAGGUUUGUGUCUAUAUGUAAACCUCUGCAAUAUCCAACUAUCAUGAGAAAAACAACUGUCAGUAUUUUGCUGGUUUUAGCUUGGCUUGUGCCUGCUUGUGAGAUUGCGGUGGCAAUUGUACUAAAUAUUAACAACAAACUGUGUAGCUUUACUUUGAAAGGUAUUUACUGUAACAAUUCAGCUAACUAUCUUUACUGUGUAAGUUCAAGAGCACUAUCUAUAUAUGGUGUAGUUGUUCUGCUUAAUAUUACACUUUUCCCUAUGCUCUUCAUCCUGUUUACAUACACAAACACAAUAUCCUAUCGAAGUUGUGGAGAAGUCAGGAAAAAAGCUGCACAGACCUGUUUACCACACCUGUUGGUUUUAAUCACCUAUUCGUUUUUGAUUACGUAUGACAUUAUUAUAGUUAGACUGGACUCUGAUUGUCCAAAAACUGUACGUUUUGUAAUGACUUUGCAGAUGAUCAUGUAUAAUCCUCUCUUUAAUCCAGUCAUGUAUGGACUAAGGGUGAAAGAAAUUUCUAAACACCUCAAAAACCUGUUCCGUCAGGCCAAAGUGAACUAA